CCGGGAAUAUGUCUUGCUUACCUGCUUACUCUCCUCUUCCUUCGUCGCCUUCUUCUUCAUUCCCUAUCCCUCCCACAUCCCCUCCAUCCUCCACUCCUACUCCUCAUAUAACCUAACCUGAUCUGCCAAUGGAUCCCAACAAGACAUACACUGUCCAAGAGGUCCAGGCUCACUCCAGCCGGGACUCGUGCUGGGUAAUCCAUAACAACAAGGUCUACAACAUGACCUCCUUCGCCGCAGAUCACCCCGGUGGGGACGACCUCAUUCUCGACCACGCAGGACAAGACAUCACUGCACUCAUGAAGGACGAGCUUACUCACCUGCAUUCGGAUGGCGCAUACGAAAUGAUGGAUGACUUUCUAGUAGGCGUGAUCAACAACAGCAACAGUAAUAUAACUGCAGCUACAAUUCAAUCAAGUGCUGCUACGAGAGAGCUGAAAAAGAGGGCACCACAAGAAGGAAAAACACUCUCAGAGGAAGACUACCUCAGGCCCACGGACUUGAUUGCCGACAAGAAAACAAAGUUCUUGGACCUCAGCAAGCCAUUGUUGUACCAGCUCUGGAACAGUGACUAUUCCAAGGCCUUUUACCUUGAACAAGUUCACAUUCCUCGUCAUCUCUCUGGUCCCGCACGAAUCUUUGGGUCGCCAUACCUGGAGGUCUUUACAAAGACCCCCUGGUUCAUCAUCCCCAUUUUCUGGCUGCCCAUCGUCACCUACAAUAUCCACUGGAGCCUCGGAGCCGGCCUGAGUCCCGACCAGGCAGUAACCUUCUUCCUCAGCGGCAUGGUUCUCUGGACACUGGCGGAAUACAUCAUCCACCGAUUCCUGUUUCACCUGGAUGACCUCUUACCAGACUCGACCGUCUGGCUCACAGCCCACUUUUUGCUGCAUGGUAUUCACCAUUAUCUACCCAUGGACAGGCUGCGUCUUGUUAUGCCUCCUGCCCUGGCUGUCGCUUUAGCCCUCCCACUCAACAAAUUGGGCCACACUCUUUUUCCAGAGCCCCAGGCCUACGCUAUUAUGGCUGGAGCAUUUUUUGGAUAUGUCCUCUACGACAUGACUCACUACUAUCUGCAUCAUGCCAAGGUCUUCAAGAUCCACUUCCAAGAGAUGAAGACCUAUCAUCUCGCUCAUCACUACAAGAAUUAUGAUGGCGGAUAUGGAAUCACCUCCAAGAUUUGGGACAGGGUAUUCAACACCGAGCUCAAGCUUUGAAAAACGACGCGCAUACAUCGGGAUAAACAACAAUAGCGCCUGGCACGCUUUGCAAGAGGGAUUUCCUGGAUAACACCAUUCGCUUUCACUUUACUCUCUCCUUUAUAGUAGUACUAAUAUCUUUUCGCUUUUUGCGCUUUAUACUGUGCCAUAUUUUCGCCCUAAUAAAACAUUCCUCCUCUUCUCCCA